CUCAACUCAACUCAACUCAACUCAACUCAACUCAACUCAACUCAACUCAACUCAACUCAACUCAGCUCAGCUCAGCUCAGCUCAGCUCAGCUCAGCUCAACUCAACUCAACUCUAUUCAACUCAGAUCUGCUCAACUCGGCCGAACCGGGCAGGGCAACGAUCUAGCUUGCAUUUGGAGGGCCGACUGA